AUGGCUAAGCAGAUGCACGUUAACUUCGCAUGUGUUUUGUCCUGCUCCAAGUAUCUGGGAGUAGGAGAAAAACAGGAGGAACGAGCUUUGCAAAUAGAUGAGAGUGACGUGGGAAAAAAAGCGGAAGAAGAGGAGCUUGUCCUCACACCUGAUGGCACCAGGGAAUUCCUGACAUUUGAAGUUCCACUGAAUGACUCUGGAUCAGCUGGACUUGGUGUGAGUGUCAAAGGUAACCGGUCAAAAGAAAACCAUGCCGAUUUAGGAAUCUUCGUCAAGUCCAUUAUUAACGGUGGAGCAGCAUCCAAGGAUGGCAGGCUUCGAGUGAACGAUCAACUAAUAGCAGUAAAUGGAGAAUCAUUAUUGGGCAAAACAAAUCAAGAUGCUAUGGAAACUUUAAGGAGGUCCAUGUCCACUGAAGGCAACAAACGGGGAAUGAUUCAGCUUAUUGUGGCGAGGCGAAUAAGUAAAUGCAAUGAGUUGGAGUCACCUGGGAGCCCCUCUGGGCCAGAGCUGCCCAUAGAGACUCUGCUGGACGACCGGGAACGGAGGAUUUCCCACUCCCUCUACGGCGGGAUUGAGGGUCUCAGCGAGUCGCCCACGAGGAACGCGGCGCUGAGUAGGAUAAUGGGUAAAUAUCAGCUGUCUCCAACGGUGAACAUGCCCCAAGAUGACACUGUCAUUAUUGAAGAUGAUAGGCUGUCGGUACUCCCUCCUCAUCUCUCUGACCAGUCGUCAUCCAGUUCCCAUGAUGAUGUUGGGUUUGGCACUGUUGAUGCUGGUGGAUGGGCUAAAGCUGCAAUUAAUGAGUCAACAGACUGCACUCUUAGUCCAGAUGUUGAUCCAGUGCUUGCCUUCCAGCGAGAGGGUUUUGGACGCCAGAGCAUGUCAGAAAAGCGUACAAAGCAAUUUUCAGAUGCCAGUCAGUUGGAGUUUGUUAAAACACGAAAAUCCAAAAGCAUGGAUCUAGUAGCUGACGAGACUAAGCUCAGUACAAUGGAUGACCAGAAAACAGGUUCCCCAACCAGAGAUGUGGGGCCUUCAUUAGGUCUGAAGAAAUCCAGCUCAUUAGAAAGUCUGCAGACAGCCGUGGCUGAGGUGACUCUGAAUGGUGAUAUUCCCUUCCACCGCCCGCGACCGCGAAUUAUCCGAGGACGAGGCUGCAAUGAAAGCUUCAGAGCUGCCAUAGACAAAUCGUAUGAUAAACCUGUAGCAGAUGAUGAUGAUGAAGGCAUGGAAACUUUGGAGGAAGACACAGAGGAGAGCUCAAGAUCUGGUAGAGAAUCUGUGUCCACAGCAAGUGACCAGCCAUCCCACUCAUUGGAGAGACAGAUGAAUGGAAGCCAAGAUAAAGGCGACAGAAAAAAGGCUGGGAAGGAAAAGAAGAAAGAUCGAGAUAAAGAGAAGGAUAAAAUUAAGGCAAAGAAAGGAAUGCUGAAAGGCUUAGGAGACAUGUUCAGGUUUGGCAAACAUCGCAAAGAUGACAAGAGUGAGAAAACUGGUAAAAUAAAAGUGCAGGAAGCUCUUACUUCAGAAGAGGAGAGAAUACGAAUGAAGCAAGAACAGGAGAGUAAGAAUGGUGAGAGUAUAGACUGUCCAUGUGGUGAUGUAAGAGAGGUUGCAAUAGUCACGCUGGGUACCAAGGUAGAAUUAUGAAAUUAUUGUAUAGCCCCUCAAUGCAUGAAGCAAAUUCCUAAUCUCUGUCCAUCAAGUUAUGCUAACCGAUUUGAAUCUUUCCUGGAAUCUCACUCCUCGUGUGUCAUAAAAACAGUUUCAUGUGUUCACUGAAACGGCAGAAAAUGCAUGUGCCAGAACUUCAUAACAGCUUGAUGUUAUCCUCCUCCUCCCGUUACUUUCUUUCCAUAACUGUGUAUUUGCUUUCCUUUGUGUUAUGUCUUUAAGAGAAUGCAAGUUCUUUGGGGUAGCGGCAUGUACAACUAAUAAAAGACAAUAAAAUAGCAACCAAA